AUGGCGAGGUCGCUCCGAAGCCAGGAGAUGCCGCUCGAGAGCGCAGGUCACGUCGAUGUGGAGGACCCUCAGGCGGUGCUGGCCGAAGCAGCGCAGAAGGGAUGGCUGGACACUGCCAGAGCAAUGCUGGCCAAAGGUGCCUCUCCGGACGUGGGUGCCAUGCCUCCCUUGUGUUUGGCAGCUGAGCAAGGGCACUUGCAACUAGUCUGGUGCUUGGUGGAUGCCUCGGCCGACAAGGAGCUGGCCGACGUGCACUUCCGCCGCACGCCGCUGCUGUGGGCAGCACACCAGCAGCACGGCGAGCUCCUGCGGUUCUUGCUGGACGUGGGCUGCUCCGCCGACCCCGUGGACCGCGACGGCCGCUCGGCGCUCAGCUUCGCGGCGGAGGCCGGGCACUUCGCCAUGGUGAAGAUGCUCAUGGACGCCGCAGAGUUGCAGGCCAAGGCCAGCAUUGACGAAGUGGACCGUUGGGGCCGAUCUCCCUUGUUCAUUGCCGCAGAAGCAGGUCACCGACAGGUCUUAUGGUGCUUGGUGGAUGCCGGCGCUGACAAGGAUCUCCGUGAUGCUCAAGGGAUGAGCCCCUUGUGCCGUGCGGCGGAGCGUGGGCAUUUUGAGGUGGUCCGUUUCCUGGUUGAUGUGGCGGCAGACGUGAACCAGGGGUCGAUGGGGCGUCAGCCGUUGCACUGGGCGAUGGAGAGGGGACACUUGCCACUGAUCCGCUUUCUGGUCCAGUCCAGCGCUGAAGUGCAGUCCGAAGAUGCCAAUGGGCAGAGCCCCUUGAGCCUCGCGGCGCAGCGAGGCCACUUGCAGGCGGUUUGCUUCUUGGUCGAUGCUGGAGCAAACAGGGAUAAGACCGACCGACAAGGCCGAAGCCCGUUAUGGUGGGCCGUCCAGCAUGGCCACUCCUCUGUGGCACGUUUCCUCAUCGACGUGGGUGCCAAGGUGGAUGUGCCAGACCUGCAAGGCGUCACCCCCCUCUCAUGCGCAGCGCAGUUGGCCGACACCGAAAUGAUGUACAUGCUGAAUGCCGACCUGCAGCUGGCGCUGGAACGCCUCAAAGAAGACCAAGGCGAUGUGGGCCUGGACGUGGCUCUCUGCAGCGCCGCCGUGAGCGCGUGCCGAAGCCCGGGCAGCUGGCCCCAAGCGCAUCAACUGCUGACGGAGACCCGCCAGCUGCGGGUUGUGCCGAACUGCGCCACCUACAGCGGCGCCAUCGCCUCGUCUGCGCGGUCUGCGCGUGGCGAGUUGAACCGGUGCGAUGCCUGGGCAGCUGGUCUAGGCAUGUUGCGGGCGGCCUUCGGUGCAGCCUUGCGGGUGAACAGCAUUUGCUUCGGCUCAGCGAUCAAUGGCGCACCGUGGCCAUCGGGUUUCCAGCUCUUGUCUGUUCUGCAGCAGUGCGGCCUUCAAGGCGGUGCUGUCACGGGCAACGCUGCGGUGACCUGGCAAGUGGGCCUUUGCUGGCAGCAAGGGUUGGACCUGGCAGAAAGCAUGAUCCACAGGCGCCUUUGCAGCGAGAUCACCUUCAAUGCGGCCAUCUCGGCCAUCGCCGCAGGCGCCCACCCGAUCGGCGGAUGGGAUCGUCGGUGGUUUUGGGUGGUCCUACCGAGUCCUACCGAGAAUGCAACGGUGAGUUGUACCAAAUUUCACCAACAAAGGACCAUGCCACCGAAUUGGCUGACCAGGCGUUACAAGAGGGAGUCGCUUUGGACGUUGUCUCCCUGGGUGCAGCAGUCUAUGCCUUGUGUCCCACCUGGCGUGCUGCACAGGCUGUGCUGCGGGAUCUGCAGGGCCGGGACCUGGAAGCGAAUGCCUUCGUGGAGAGCUCCAUCCUCGCAGGAAAGCCCUUUGGGGCCACCGAAGACGCUGAUCGCCCACCAGCUGGCGUUGGAUUUGGCCAGGUGA